GCGUAGUAGGGAUGUUGUUGUUGUCAGAGUCUCUCCUGCCAACGUCAUGGACCCACUCGACUUGGGACCUGAAUUUAUAAGAACUGAUCAAGUUACUGAUCUUUGGUCAUUCUUACAGACGAUUGACUGGAGUGAAGGAUGGCUAAUGGGUCUAGUAGUAUUCCACAUCUUCCUCACGACAUUCACAGUUAUGACUCGAAAUCACCACACAACCCAAGCUGUUCUAUUUUUUCUGUUGCUACUCACUGUACGUUCCUCGGAGACCAUUAACCAAUAUGCAGCGAAAAAUUGGCAGUCUUUCAGCCGUCAGCAGUACUUUGACUCUCAAGGCCUAUUCAUCAGUGUUGUCUUCUCCAUGCCUGUUCUCUUUAAUUGCAUGAUGAUGGUGAUAAACUGGUUAUGGUUAAGCAGCAACAUGAUGGUUACCUACAAGAGAGUGGAACUAGAGGCAAAACUUCGCAAUGACUCACGAAGGCGAAGUGAAUCACAGAGAAGUGAAUCAAACAGAGGUGAGGUGGUAUCUGAACAAGCAGACGAAAGCAAGAAGAACAAAUGAGGAAUAGUACAUGGCUAAUUAUGAGGAUGUGGUUUGUUUUGAGAGUGGUUGGAUAUAUAGCUAAAAGUGUGCAGGGCAGCAGUCACAAUUUAUUUACAUGGAUCUUAAGGUUUGGCUUAAAUUACAUAGAAACAAAACUUCUGUGAAAUAUAUUCUGCAUAAUAUAUAGAUUAUUAGCUUAAAUCAUAUAUAAACAUUACUAUGCAUAUGAUAGAGGGUGUAAUACUUACAAUUGCUAUACACAUUUCAAUUUGAUUUCAGUGUUUAUAUUAUGGAAAUAUAGGAUGUGUCAGUGAUUCAUAGUAAAGGAGAGAUUAUUCUGAAAUGAACACUUUGUGCACCUUCUCAUUUGUGGUACACUAGUAGAAAAAAUUGAUUGUAUCAUAUUUGAGCAAUAUAAUGUAUUAGCUAUAUUUUUCUGUACAUUUAUUUAAGCUUAAUUUUUUUUUUUUUUUUAAGAUAUACAAAGGAAAAGAUAAAGUAAAAGCUGCUAUGUUUUCCUGAGGAGUGAUUUAUUGAUAUGUAGUUUAUUAUGAGGGUUUUUCUUUCACAUAUUAUGUUGUGUGACAAGUUUGAUUUACAGUUUUAUUUUGGGGCUUAAGCUUUGUACUCCGUACUUAAUUAUGCACUUGUGUAAAUUGUAGGAUCCACAUCUUUCUUUGUGAAGAGUUGUUUUGAGUUUUGAUCAUUUUAUGUAUACUUUUUAAUGUUUUAUUAUGUACUAAUGAGGCUGCUUAAAGUUGUAAGGAAUAUAUGUAUGUAAUAAGCAAGUAAUCAGAUGACCCUAAGGUUACCAGAGUUCAUAUUUCAAGGGACAGUAGAUCUAGUCAUAGUUAACAUUUUGAAGUAUUUUGAUUUUGUAUUUAAACUGUGAGGGAAAAUGGAGGCAGUCACAUUUCCUUGCAGCAAUUAUUUGUAUUGCCAUGCACAUAUUCUUAAAGAUAAUGAAAUGCAAAAUUACUUGUGCCAUAGAUCAAUUGAGGAACAGGAGGUUUUGCUUAUUGCCAAUUUGGAAAAUUUGUGGGUUCUGUUCAUUUUGUCCUAUUCAUUGUGAUAUAAAGAAAAGUAGUGUGAUACAUUUUCAUUGUCUUAAAGUGUUAGUAUUUUCCACAAAACAAUCAUACAUCUUCGUAUGCACAUGUGCAUACACAUACACACUUCCAUUUUAUCUCCCCCUUCAUCACUUUCAUAUCUUAAAUUAAGUGAUGCUAUGGCCUGCACUAGGCACAUCCUGAUAUAAGCUUCUCUUUGUUUUAUUUCCCAUUAUUUCAUUACAUAGGUAUGUGGAAGUGUUUAGGUAUCCUGUAUAGUAAUUUUCAUGCUGUAAUUGUGUUUGUAAUCAUGUUUUGGUUGGGUGUGCUUUUGUCAUCCUCAUCUAAAAGAGAAUAUAUGAUACAACUGUGAUAUCAAUAAAUGUAUGUUUCAUAAGCAUUCCUUUCCAUUCAGGAUUGAGCUUAGUAGAUAAAUCAGCCCAUUUUCAGGUACAAUUCCUUUUAGUUUUGUAACAUGUGGAUGGUAUAUAACAAUCUUCUGAAGAAGCACUUAAAUUGCUUUUCUGUAUUUGUGUUAGCAAAAACACAAAAUCAGAAAUUUAGUUAAUGAUUUUUAGAAGAGGGUUCAAUUUUUGUAUAAACCAAGUAAUUUAAACAAAUUGUGUCUAAUGGUGUUUAGAUUACUUGUUUGUUUUGGAUUUUGAAUAUAUAUCAUUUGAUUUGAUUUCAUAGUGACAUUUUUUUUUUUUUUUUUUUUUCUUUACUUUACUUUACUUUACUUUGUGUUUGCAAGGAAGCAGUAGUUUAUGUUCUGUCUUAACUUCUUUUUUUAAAUCGCUUCUUGUUAUGUUUAAAUGCGUUGCUUUUUUCUGGCCAAGUAAACAUAUUUUACCAACUUGGCGAAAUUGCAGAUAAGUAAACAUCUGCAGCUA